AUGCUACCUUCGAGAAAUCAACCGCCACAGCUGCCAACGUUGACUCUGUUACGAUCCGAUACAUCCACAUUAAGUAUCGGCCAAUGGAAUCUUCUGUCUAAUUUGAUUCAUUGCUACGACGAGCAUGGUGGAUUUUUGGUAGCUGAACGGUUCACAAGCGCACAGAAUGCUCUGCCUCCCAAAGCGCGCUACAAAUAUGCGUCACUCAACGCACUUUAUUCAUCUUUAAUGACAGGCUCUCAGCAGUUGUUCGAAAAGAAUGCCGACUUUAAAGCAUUAAGUGUGCAUGAUCGGUCACAUUUGAUUCACGGGAGACUAAAAUAUCUGGGAGGUAUCGGCGUAUGUUUCAUAUUGUCCCAUAUUAAACUAUUCGACAAUCCGGUUUUCUAUUCGGCUUCAGAGGCUGUUUAUGGUUCGCCUGCAAUGCAGGCUGGUAAAGCUACAUGCGAUUUAAUUGAUUCUGACGUUGUAUUUGUCAAGCUCGGACUUUCAAUCAUUGGUUUUUCUACAUUUGACUAUACAUUCUACACCAAUACUGAGACGAUCAAUCUUGAAAAUAUCACAGCCGUGUUGCGUAUCCAAGAUGUGUACAUUGAAUUGGCAUGGCGAUAUUUGGUAUACAAAUAUGGUCACUCAAGAGCUGUUAUUAGUUUUUCUAACCUUAUACGGUGUAUUUUUUCUGGCAAUAAGUCGACAGUUGAAGCGAUCGAACGUAAACAGUAUACAGACAUGAUCGAUGCUAUGAUUAAACAAGCCAAACAGAGUCUAUCACUCAAUGAUUGA